AACCCCUCCGAACCUCUGUUUCUCUUCAACAGUGAGAAGCCUGACCUAGAAGAUCUCCAGAGGCCUCUGAACUCUUAGAUAUUGGGCUCUUUUGAUAGACUUGAGGCAGGAGGGGGUCAGGAUCAGGGAGGGAAUUAGACCUCCUCACCUUCCCGGGGAUGGGGCUGAGUCAGGUGAUAUCACAAUGGGCAGUGCCCAUCCUGGAGGGGACAUCAGUGUGGGGUGGGAGCAGGAAGGCUGUUGGGGAAGGAAGCUGAGAGAUCCUCUGCAGGAGGGGAUUACAGCAGCUAGGGGCACCUGCCAGGCUGGAGGUGUGGGUUAUCUAGGGGAAGGGUGGUCACUGAUGUCCAGCAGGAGCCCUUAACAGGUAGAGCCCAUCACAGCAUCUCCAAGACCACACCAUGUUCCUGUUCUCCCGUAAGACCAAGACCCCUAUCAGUACCUACAGUGACUCCUACAGGGCUCCCACCUCCAUCAAGGAGGUCUAUAAGGACCCACCUCUAUGUGCCUGGGAAGCCAACAAGUUUCUGACUCCGGGUCUGACUCAUACCAUGGAGCAACAUGUGGAUCCCGAAGCCUUGCAGAAGAUGGCCAAAUGUGCUGUACAGGACUACACUUAUAGGGGGUCCAUAUCAGGCCACCCCUAUUUGCCUGAGAAGUACUGGCUUUCUCAAGAGGAAGCAGACAAAUGCAGCCCAAACUACCUGGGCAGUGACCGGUACAACACAUGGAGGAUGGAACCUUACAACAGCAGCUGCUGCAACAAGUAUACCACCUACCUUCCUCGGCUGCCUAAGGAGGCCGGGAUGGAGACAGCAGUUCGAGGAAUGCCCUUGGAAUGCCCUCCUAAGCCGGAGCGGCUCAAUGCCUACGAGCGCGAAGUGAUGGUGAACAUGCUGAACUCACUGUCGCGGAACCAGCAGCUGCCGCGGAUCACGCCCCGAUGCGGGUGCGUGGACCCGCUGCCCGGCCGCUUGCCCUUCCACGGUUACGAAAGUGCUUGCUCGGGCCGCCACUACUGUCUGCGUGGGAUGGACUACUACGCCAGCGGGGCGCCCUGCACCGACCGCCGCCUGCGGCCUUGGUGCCGGGAGCUACCGACUUUGUGUACCUCCCUACGAGCACCGGCCCGGAAUGCAGUGUGCUGUUACAACUCCCCUGCCGUCAUACUACCCAUAUCCGAACCUUAGGUAAGUCUAACGGGCACACACUCAUUUGCACACGCACCCUGAAGUCUUGGUGAGGCGGGGCUGGGGGAGGAUGGCUGGUAGAUGGGAUGAGAACGCCCCGCUGCGGUGCACUGACAGGCAGAUACCACCAGGGGGAGCUAGUGCCAUGGAGCAGUCAAAGGAGGUAAGGACAGAGGACCUUAGGACAGGGCUGGGAGGCCUGUAUUGAAGGGUUACAGGUUGGCAGUUGGCUUACAGCCAAAGGCGUUGGGUUCAGAGCUUGAAGUAACGAGUAAGAAGUCGAUGUUAAGGAAGAAAUAUUGGGUAUCAGCAACUUAACAGUAGAACCUAAGGUCAGGAGGUCAGUAUUGGAACCCAAGUUCAGUGCUAUAGGCAAAGUAUAGGGAUAAGGUUAGCAUUGCAAACUGGAGUCAGAUAUUCACUUUGACAUAUGAGGAUCCAAAAGGGCUGACCCAUCUCUUCCUGUAGAUGGGACACAAGUCACUUCAAGAAGUCUGGUGGUCCCCAGAGAAACAACUAUGUUAUCCAUCCUGAGUUUGUGUCUGAGACCUAUCCUGACUAUCGUUGCUGGUAGAGCCUGGGCUUGCUGGGCCACGGGGACAGAGCAAUAAAUAAACUCUUCACC